AACACUUUAAUUUAUGAUGCAAUCCAUGGCAGUUACUUUAAGUCUCUCUCCACUCUAGUGUGUAUGUGUAAUGUAUCUAUCUUCUCUUCUCUCUCAAUUGAGUCCAUUCUACACUUCUACUUUUCAUUCCUCUCUCUAAUUCCAGUUCCAAAUCAAUCUUUCUCCAUUUCAGAAUUCAGACUAGCUCUCUCCCUUGCUGUUUCCCUUCAGUUAUUUUUGACAGAAUGACCCUAGAAUCAGAGCAAGAGGUUCCAAUGCAAGAACCAGAACCUACAUUUCCUCAAUUGGGCAAACAGAACUCAAUUCUGUCACUUACCCUUGAUGAGUUCCAAAGCAAGAGUGGGAGGAGCUUUGGUUCCAUGAACAUGGAUGAAUUCCUGGCCAGCAUUUGGAACUCAGAUGAUAACCAACUCAACAAUCCACCACCUGCUCGUGAUGAAGUCGCUGAGACGACUCAGAGUAAAAGUGUUGCAAUUGCAGCAGAACACACCAUUUCCCAGCAAGGCUCAAUCUCUGUCCCUCCUCCAAUUUGCAAGAAAACUGUGGAUGAAGUGUGGUCUGAGAUCCAUAAAGACCACCCACAAAGGAAUGAAGCAAACAACAACAAUCUUGGAAGAAAUGAGACACUUAGGAAGCAACAAACACUUGGGGAGAUAACUUUGGAGGAUUUCCUAAUAAAAGCUGGGGUAGUACAAGAAUCAUCAUCACUAUUCAAUUCUACACCUCAACUUAGAACUACAAUGCCAUCUCAGAAUCAGAUUGGUAAUGCUGCAAGUUAUGGAUUGAGGCCUGCAAUUGGGAUAGGAUUUUCUACCCAACAUAAUAUAGGGACCAGUUUAAUGUUGUCACAGAAUAACAGCCUAGUAGCAAUGGAUCCCUCUAAAAGUCAUGCAGUAGAAAAAUGUCAAAGCUUGCCGGAGUCAAGUGGGUGUAAUAGAAGCAAGAGGAUAAUUGAUGGUCCUCCUGAAGUGGUAUUGGAGCGAAGGCAACGCAGAAUGUUGAAAAAUCGAGAAUCCGCAGCACGUUCUCGAGCUAGGAGACAGGCAUACACAGUAGAGCUAGAAGCAGAGUUGAAUCUGCUACAACAAGAGAACGACAACCUAAAAGAAAUUCUGGCUGAAGCCGAGCGUAAGAGAAAACAAGAGAUUUUACAGAGAAAGCAUUCAACAGCAGCUCAGAAGAGGACAGAAAAAUUGAGGGCAAUAAAGAGGCCAUUAAGCACAACCUGGUGAUUAAGAGUGAAAGAUAAGAAUUAAAAGAAAAAAAAUAAGCACACACACAUUUGAAUGGAGAAAGUAAUGUGUCUGUACUCUCCAAUAUAUACCUCUGUUCAAAUUUUCCUCCUUAUAUCAACUCUUCUUCUUGUACAUUCAAAAAUAAGAGACUUUGUAUUGUGAAUGUAGUAUG